AUGUCUGGCUAUGACAGGAUGCUACGGACACUGGGAGGAAAUCUCAUGGAGUUUAUUGAAAACCUGGAUGCCCUCCACAGUUACCUGGCACUCUCUUAUCAGGAGAUGAAUGCACCAUCGUUUCGUGUGGAGAGAGGAGCAGAUGGGAAAAUGUUUCUCCAUUACUACUCGGAUAGAAGUGGUCUGUGCCACAUUGUACCAGGUAUCAUUGAGGCUGUGGCCAAAGACUUUUUUGACAUUGAUGUAACCAUGGACAUUCUUGACAUGAAUGAAGAAGUGGAGAGGACAGGGAAGAAGGAGCAUGUUGUGUUUCUGAUUGUACAGAAGGCUCACAGGAAGAUGAGAAAGACAAAGCCAAAAAGGUUACAAGACAGUCAGAGCAUGGAGAGAGACCAAGAGGCCCUCCAGGCAGCUUUCCUCAAGAUGAAGGAGAAAUAUUUGAAUGUCUCUGCUUGUCCUGUGAAAAAAUCCCACUGGGAUGUUGUGAGAAGCAUAGUCAUGUUUGGAAAAGGGCAUCUCAUGAACACCUUUGAGCCAAUUUAUCCUGAGAGACUCUGGAUUGAAGAGAAGACAUUCUGCAACACUUUUCCUUUCCACAUUGUAUUCGAUGAAUCACUAUGGGUGAAGCAAGCCGGAGUGAACAUUCAGAAGUACGUACCAGGACUCCAAACCCAGAAGAUUCAACUGGAUGAGUAUUUCUCCAUCAUUCAUCCUCAAGUUACCUUCAACAUUUUCAGCAUCUGCAGAUUUAUCAACAGUCAAUUUGUCCUGAAGACACGAAGAGAAAUGAUGCCUGUAGCAUGGCAAAGUCAGAUUACACUCAAACUUCGAGCCCAGAUGAUCUGGAUGGAGUCCAUGUGGUGCAUGGUGUACCUGUGCUCUCCGAAGCUCCGCAACCUGCAAGAGCUGGAAGAACUCAACAUGCAUCUUUCUGACAUCGCCCCCCACGACACCACCAGGGAUCUCAUCCUCCUGAACCAGCAGCGGCUGGCUGAGAUAGAGCUGUCCAACCAGCUGGAAAGGAAGAAGGAGGAGCUACGGGUCCUCUCCAAGCACUUGGCCAUUGAAAAGAAGAAAACAGAGACCUUACUUUAUGCCAUGCUGCCCAAACACGUGGCCAACCAGCUGAGGGAGGGCAAAAAGGUGGCUGCAGGAGAAUUUAAAAGCUGCACGAUUCUUUUCAGCGAUGUAGUGACAUUUACUAACAUCUGUACUGCCUGUGAACCUAUACAAAUAGUGAACAUGCUGAAUUCCAUGUACUCCAAGUUUGACAGAUUAACCAGUGUGCAUGCAGUCUAUAAAGUAGAAACAAUAGGAGAUGCUUAUAUGGUGGUAGGAGGUGUACCGGUGCCUAUUGGAAGCCAUGCUCAAAGAGUGGCUAAUUUUGCCUUGGGGAUGAGAAUUUCUGCAAAGGAAGUGAUGAAUCCUGUUACUGGAGAACCCAUCCAGCUCAGAGUGGGGAUCCAUACUGGACCAGUCUUAGCAGAUGUUGUAGGAGACAAGAUGCCACGGUACUGCUUGUUUGGUGACACUGUGAACACAGCUUCUAGGAUGGAAAGUCAUGGGCUUCCCAACAAAGUGCACCUCAGUCCCACAGCCUACAGAGCCUUGAAAAAUCAAGGGUUUGAAAUCAUUGAGAAGGGUGAAAUUGAAGUGAAAGGUAAAGGGAGAAUGACCACAUACUUUUUGAUCCAGAACUUGAAUGCCACAGAGGAUGAGAUCAUGGGGAGAUCUAAAACCCCAGUUGAUCACAAGGGGUCAACACAGAUAGCGUCCUUGCCCACCACCAAGCUCCAGGGCUCAGUUCAACCAUCUUGCCCUGAACACUCUUCUCUUGCAUCCUGGUUAUUAUGA